AUGGACACCUGGGCUGUGUACUGCGCGGGCGCGGACAUGCCGCCACCGCCCAUCAUUGACCGCACGCUCAUCGCCGACCCCAGAGGUCUAUACGACAUCUACUGCAAAGGACUGCCAAGCGACGACGAGGUCGAGUUCGUGACCAGCAGUGUGUCCUCUCUCCCGGACGACAAGCUCCUCGCCACAUUCACGCUGCCUCAGGAGCUCCUGCGCGGCAUCAAGGAUAUGCUUGCCCAUGAGGCUGCCAAGCAGGGCGCGCCUUCUGCCAGAUGCUCGUCGCUGCUCGCUGCCUUCAGUUUAAUGUGGUCAUGCUACUGUCGAGCCAAACAGGAACAAAACCAAACAAAAACAACCUACUUCCUCUUUUCUGUGGAUCACCGGCCACGGUUGAAGCCGCCCGUCCCUGAUAGGUACCUAGGCAACUGCCUUGGUCCGGCAAUUGCUACCGCGCGCCAUGACGAGAUUGCGGCCACCGGCAAGGAAGGCCUCUUCGCGGCAUUCAUGGCACUCUCUGACGCCCUCCAGGAUGAGGUGGGUGAGGGGUCACAGGAUAAGUGGGACGGGUGUGUUGAGCGGGUGAAGGAGGCAGUAAAAUCUGGUGUGCUCUCUGUCGCUGAUUCACCGAGGUUCCGUGUGUACAACCUCAAUUUUGGAUUCGGGAAGCCAACGAAGGUGAACGUGGUGUCCGUGGCAAAAACCUCCGCGAUAUCGGUGGAGGAGGCACGCAACAACAGUGGCGGCAUCGAGGUGGGGCUCUCAUUGCCGACAAGCAGCAUGGAGAAUUUUCAACGGUGUUUUGCCGAUGCCAUGCAAGAGCUAGCUGGUCUAUAG